AUGGCAAAUUCAAAUGGAUUGGCUGUUGGUUUAGCCGUUGGUAUUCCGUCAUUUUUAAUAAUUAUAGUAGUUGGAAUAUUUUGGUAUAAAAAUCAAAGAAAAUUACAAAAAGAAGAUAUAGAUGAUGAAUUUAUUGAAAAAGAAUUACAAAAUGAUGAAUCAAGUUUUAAACAAUUUCAUGAACAAUUACAUAGAAAAUAUGAUAAUCAACAAUUAGAUUCAAAGAAUAAUAAAAAUGGUGAUGAAAUAAUAUACAAGGAAAAUGUUAUAACUGAUUCUUCAAAUGGAAGUUCGGAAUCUGAUUUUCCUUCAAAUACUUCUUCAUCAACCACCAACAAUCAACAACAACAUCCAUAUGGUCAACAUUUAAAACUUCCACAAUAUCCAUCAACUCAAUAUAGUCAAACAAUUUCAAAUAUACAACCAACUUAUAACAAUAAUAAUAAUAAUAAUAAUUCUCAACAACCAUACUCACAACCACCACCACCACAACAACAACAAUCAUCUUAUGACUUCUAUGAUACUUUCAUUCCAACAUUUGCAAACAACAAUUUACCAAAUUCACCAAAUACUUUCCCACAACAACAACCAGAUAAUCAUCAUCACCUGUUAAACCCAUUAAAUAAUUUUUUCUCAUCAUCAAAUUCAAAUUCAAAAACUAAUUCAUACAUAGAUUUAACAAAUACAUCAGAGAAUUUACCAUCAACAAAUCAACAACAACAUCAACAACAUUUACCGGAAUCAAACUCAAUAUCAUCAUUACUUAAUCAUCACACCAAUCAACAACAACAACAACAACAACAAUCACAAAGCCAUACAAGAUCAUCAUCAACUGAUUUAGAUACAUUAGCAAAACAAUUAAAUAAUCCAAUAUAUUUUGAAAAAUUACCAAGUAAAGCAGCACAACAACAAAAUAAUUACUUUAUAAAGCCUCGUUACCCAUCAAACACAUUAAAAAAUAAUAAAUCAUCAUCAUCAGAAUUAGUAAAUAACUACCUAAUUGGUGAAAACUCAGCAAUAAAUGAUCAUUUUACAUAUGAAGCACCAAUGAUUGAAAACAAAGCUAAUGAAAUUCAACAACAACAAGAAGAAAAAAUAUUGCAGGAAAAAAUUGAAAAAAAUCCUUUAAAUAAUCAAAUAGAUAAUGCUUUUGAUGCUAAUAUAACAUUAGAUCCAUUGCCUAUAAAAGAUGCAAACAAUGUAACUAAUAAAGAAAAAGAUAUAAUACCGCCAGUUGUAUUUCAAUAA